GGCUGGGACUACCCCCCAACAAACAUGCAGGACUUGCAUGGUGCUCACAUGGGGCUUCACACGCAUCACUGAAUGGGGGACUCAGGAUUCGGGGCUGCGCAAGCAGGCCGUGGGUCUUGGGUCCCUGACAGCCCAUCACCAAGCCUCACUUUGCCCAUCUGUGGACGUGAGUGGACGUUAGUGAGUCUCCAGGCGCAUUCUGAGUGGAGGUGACUCGGGAAGGGAGACACUCCUGGGAUCCCUGUGCCCGCAUCCGCUGAGCACAGGGCAGGGACUGGGUUGCACCCAAAGGUGCCAACCGUUUGUUUACAAGCCGCCCAGGCCCCUGGGGACCCCUUAGUGCUCCUGCCAGCGCCAUCAGCUGCCUGUCCCUGCAGAGUUCACCUGGGAGGUGAGGGCCAACGACUGGGGCUACUACAAGCAGUUCAAGAAGAAGGUGUGCCUGUGCUGGUACAGGGACAAGUACAAGCUCUCUUCCAGACCAACGUCAUCCGCACGGCCAAGUACAGCGUCCUCUCCUUCCUGCCCCUGAACCUCUACGAGCAGUUCCGCCGCGUGUCCAACCUGUACUUCCUCUUCAUCAUCAUCCUGCAGGCCAUGCCUGAGAUCUCCACGCUGCCCUGGCUCACUCUCUUUGCCCCCCUGGUCUGUCUCCUCGUCGUACGCGCCGCCCGUGACCUCAUGGAUGACAUUGGGCGGCACAGGAGCGACAAGGCCAUCAACAACAGGCCCUGCCAGAUCCUGACAGGCAAAAGGUUCUCCUGGAAGAAGUGGAAGGACCUGUGUGUGGGGGACGUGGUGCGCCUCAGCAAGGACAGCAUCGUCCCGGCCGACCUGCUCCUGCUGGCCAGCACAGAGCCCAGCAGCUUGUGCUACGUGGAGACGGUCGACAUCGAUGGGGAGACCAAUCUGAAGUUCAGACAGGCCCUGCCGGCCACCCAUGAAGAGCUGACCAGCACGAAGAAGAUGGCAGCCUUCCAGGUGGCCACAGGUACCGUGUUCUGUGAGGAGCCCAACAGCCGGAUGCACCAGUUUGUGGGAAUCCUGGAGUGGAACAGCAAGAAGUAUCCCCUGGACAUUGGCAACCUCCUCCUCCGCGGCUGCAGGGUCCGCAACACAGACACCUGCUAUGGCCUGGUCAUCUAUGCUGGUUUUGACACUAAGAUCAUGAAGAACUGUGGCAAGAUCCAUUUGAAGAGAACCAAGCUAGACCUUUUCAUGAACAAGCUGGUGGUCCUGAUCUUCCUGUCCCUGGUGGUGGUCUCCUUGUGCUUGGCCCUGGGCUUCAGUUUCAAGGUGAGAGACUUCAGAGAGAAGCACUACUACCUCUGGGCCAUGCACACGCGGAGCGUGUUCACGGAGUCCUUCUUGAACUUCUGGAGCUUCCUCAUCCUGCUCAGCGUCCUGGUGCCCAUGGCCAUGUUCAUCCAAGCCGAGUUCAUCCACCUGGGGAACAGCAUCUUCAUCAACUGGGACGUGCAGAUGUACCACGAGCCGCAGGACACGCCCGCCAAGGCCCGAAGCACCAGCCUCAACGACCAGCUGGGCCAGGUGCAGUACGUCUUCUCAGACAAGACGGGCACGCUCACGCAGAACAUCAUGACCUUCAAGAAGUGCUGCAUCGCCGGCCGCGUCUACGGUCCAGAUAACAAGAUCGAGACCCCUGCUAAGAAGAACCCUUACCUGUGGAACAAGUUUGCAGACAAGAAGUUCCUUUACCACAACGAGGAGCUCCUGGGCAUCGUCCGGAAGAAGCAGGACAAGAUGGUUCAGGAGUUCUGGCGCCUGCUGGCCAUCUGUCACACUGUGAUGGUCCACCAGAGUGACAACCAGCUGGUAUACCAGGCGGCGUCCCCGGAUGAGGAGGCACUGGUGACGGCAGCCCGGAACUUUGGCUACGUGUUCCUGUCGCGCACCCAGGACACCAUCACGGUGAUGGAGCUGGGGGAGGAGCGGGUCUACCAGGUCCUGGCCAUGAUGGACUUCAACAGCGUGCGCAAACGGAUGUCAGUGCUGGUCCGGAACCCAGAGGGCUCCAUCCGCCUCUACACCAAAGGCGCGGACACUGUCAUCCUGGAACGCUUACACAAGAGGGGUGACAUGGAGAUGACCACAGAGGAAGUACUGUUUGCCUUUGCGGAGGAGACCCUGCGGACGCUGUGCCUGGCCUACAGGAAGGUGAAGGAGGAGGCCUAUGAGGAGUGGAAGCCCCACCACCAGCAGGCCUGCCUCCUGCUGCAGAACCGGGCCCAGGCCCUGCACGACGUCUACGAGCAGAUGGAGCAGAAGCUGCAGCUGCUGGGGGUCACAGCCAUUGAGGAUAAACUCCAGGAUGGCGUUCCGGACACCAUCAAGUGUCUCAGGAGAGGAAAUAUCAAAUUUUGGGUGCUCACUGGGGACAAGCAAGAGACAGCGGUGAACAUCGGCUUCGCCUGCCAGCUGCUGUCGGAGAAGAUGCUCAUUCUGGAGGAGAAGGAGAUAAACCGCGUCCUGGAGACCUACUGGGAGAGCAACAACAACAUGCAGACCAACAAGGGCUACCUGAAGUUCGUGUCACAGGUCAAGCUGGCCAUGAUCAUUAGCGGGGACUUCCUGGACAAGCUGCUGCUGUCCUUGCGCAAAGAGCCCCGGGCUCUGGUCCAAAACGUGGUGAUGGAGGAGGCCAACCAGGAUUCUGGCCAGGUGAAGAGGGACUACCUUCAGGCCAGGCGGAUAUCCCUCAUGUGGCGGAGCUUCGGGACCUCCGUGGCCUCUUCCGAGUCCAAUACUACAAAGACCCCAAACAGCCCCGAGGUGCUUCGGGAGCGGGCCUUUGUGGACCUGGCCACCAGGUGCCAGACGGUCAUCUGCUGCCGGGUGACGCCUAAGCAGAAGGCUCUGAUGGUGGCGCUGGUCAAGAAAUACCAGCACGUGGUGACCCUGGCCAUCGGGGACGGUGCCAACGAUGUCAACAUGAUAAAGACUGCGGACAUCGGUGUGGGGCUGUCGGGUCAGGAGGGCACGCAGGCGGUUCAGAACAGUGACUAUGCGCUGGCCCAGUUCCGCUUCCUGCAGCGGUUGCUGUUGGUGCACGGGCGUUGGUCCUACAUGCGGGUCUGCAAGUUCCUGCGGUACUUCUUCUACAAGACGGUGGCCAGCGUGAUGGCUCAGAUCUGGUUCUCUUUCUACAACGGCUUCACCGCCCAGCCCCUGUACGAAGGCUGGUUCCUGGCGCUCUUCAACCUGCUCUACAGCACCAUGCCGGUCCUCUACAUCGGGCUCUUCGAGCAGGAUGUGACCGCCGAGAAGAGCCUGCAGAUGCCCGAGCUGUACACCGCGGGCCAGGAGAACGAGCUCUUCAACUACUGGGUGUUCUUCCAAGCCAUUGCCCAUGGCACGGCCACCUCCCUGGUCAACUUCUUUGUGACACUCUGGGUUGGCCACGACUCGGUGGGACCCUCCAGCUUCAGUGACUACCAGUCCUUUGCCGUCAUUCUGGCCCUGUCUGGGUUGCUGUCCAUCACCCUGGAGGUCAUCCUGAUCAUCAGGUACUGGACAGUCCUGUGCCUGCUGACCAUUUUGUUCAGCCUUGGUUCCUACGUCAUCAUGACAUAUGCCACUCAGAGCUUGUGGCUCUGGAAGAUGUCACCCAAGGCCUUCCCAUUUCUGUAUGCUGACCGAAACGUGCUGGCCCACCCCUCGAGCCUGCUGGUGAUCCUGCUGAACGUGUCCCUGAGCACGCUGCCCGUCCUGGCCUUCCGGGUCAUCUACCAAGCGCUCAAGAAGCCACGUCGCGAGCCAGAAGAGGAGGCCCCGCCUGAGGACAUUGUCACCGUGGAGGCCGCACCUCCCCUGCGCCGGGGGACCCCCUCACGGCGCUCCAGCUACGCCUUCUCCCAUCGCGAAGGCUACGCGGACCUCAUCACUCGGGGCACGAGCCUGCGCAAGUCAGCCAGGAGCGACAGCGAGGACCUCUCAGAUUCCACAGCCCCCUCCGAUGCAGAGGUGUCCCUGAGCUGCAGGGAGUCACCCUGCCUCACGCGGAGGGCCUCAGGCAUGAAGAGGAAGAGUCACCAGCACCCAGGGAAGCCGUCCUUAGAGGACACACAGACCUGGAGUGGGUCAAGCUCGACCGUGGCUGCAGAGGGGCUGGGUGCGCUUCCCUCAGAGAGCCACUCCACUGUCCGCAAGACGUCACCUGCCACCACGAGCAGGUCACCAGGGUCCACCCAGGAAAACAAGUCACUUUCUGAAAAUCAGUCUCAGCUCCUCACGAGUCAUGAGUCAUCCUCUGCCUUCAGGCCAGACGGUGAAGAGCCAGCCAGAGCCCCUGGAGGGACGGCCGCCCUCGGUCCAGACUCCCAUCAGGGAGAGCUGGCCAGGUGUCUGGCAGAAGGAGCGCCACCCUGCCACGGAGGCGGUGGCGCCGCUGCCCCCACAGACGCCCGCCCCCCCCCCCCGCAGAGGCUCUGCGGCCCACCCUGGAGGAGUCGUCCCUGAGUGAGCAGCCCAUGGAGGUAGAGCUGGGGCCGGUGGAGAGGCAGCCCUCGCCCAUGGAGUGGCUGCCAGAGCUGCCCGAGGACCAGUCGCCACCCGGUCGAGCAGGGCAGCUGCCCCCAGAGGCAACCAGCAAGCGGGAGCCUGCCUCCAGUGACAGGGGCCACGUCUUUUCAUUUUCUAAUAAACCAGGGUCCCCCUGA